CAGCAUCCUCCUCCUCUGUCAGGGACGCGCGCACACGUACAACAGCCCAACAUUACAGAGAACAGGCUACAAUCACGCUUUGCCCACACAUCAUCAUCAUUAUUAUAUAGAAGUUAUUAUAUAGAAUUUGCAUUUGUCAUCGUCUUUUUCCUAUUUGGACAUUGAUGAAUUUGCCUCAGCGGUCGCCGUAGCGGUCCAAGCGAUCAAUUUCCUUCCCUCCUGCAUCCAAAGACUGAUCUGCGCUGCAAGAUGGCUGAGCUGAAUUUGGGGAAGGGGCUGACAGCUGGGAAAGUGGCCAGCAACGUUCAGAAAAAGCUCACCAGAGCCCAGGAAAAGGUUCUACAGAAGCUUGGCAAAGCAGAUGAGACCAAAGAUGCUGCUUUUGAGGAGUGGGUCAUCAACUUCAACAAGCAAUAUACUGAAGGCAGCAAACUCCAGAGGGACCUAAGAGCAUACCUUGAGGCAGUUAGAGCUAUGCACGAGUCCUCCAAGAAUCUACAGGCAUGUCUAGGUGACAUGUAUGAGCCGGACUGGUAUGGCAAGAAUGAAGUGGAUUCUAUUCUGGAGGACUGUGAUGUGCUUUGGACUGAUUACCAUCAGAAGUUGGUUGAUCACGCUCUGAUCUCCAUGGAUACCUACCUGGGUCAGUUCCCUGAUAUUAAGGCUCGCAUUGCAAAGAGAGACAGGAAACUGGUGGAUUACGACAGUGCCAGACAUAACUAUGCUGCUACACAUAAGACUAAGAAAAAAGACGGAGGCAUUAAAAUUACAAAGCCGUCCACCUUGUUGGAAAGAGCCACUCCAGGCUGGGCUCAGGGCAUCCUGUCUGCACACAACCUUGCUCAGACCAGUCUCUCCAAGAGCCAGGCUGAGGAAGAGUUAGAAAGAGCCCAGAAGGUGUUUGAGGAGAUUAAUCUUGACUUGCAAGAAGAGUUACCUUCACUCUGGAACAGUCGUGUUGGAUUUUAUGUCAGCACCUUCCAGAGUUUGGCGGGCUUUGAGGAGAAGUUUCACAAGGAAAUCAGUCGGUUGGAUCAGGAUUUGCAUGAUAUGUUGGAGAAAUUGGAGAACAGCGACACAACCAGAAGGACUAGUGACCUUGGCACAGCAUCGUCAGGACCCAGCAGGAGUGAAAGAGAGGACUCUAACCACACUCUCAGACCAGGAGGACCACCUCCAAUCCCCAAAUCCCCAUCCAAGUUAAGACCAGCAGUGCCUCCGCCACCUAAGGUAACCCCAUCUAAGGAACUAAAAACUGAGAACAUCAUCAACCUGUUUGAUGCUGCAGCAACUCCUGAUAUCAAUGUCACCUCUCCUACAGAGUUUGACAGUCCUGCAGUCAACAACCUGUUGGAUAUGGACCUGGAGUGUUUCAGUGAAGCAGCCAAAGUCUCCACAGUCUCUCAGCCGACUAACUGGGACUCAUGGUCGGAGGAUGCUGACGCACAGGAAGAAGAAACUCAGAAGCACUUUGACCCUGUUGCUGCUGCUACAGAGGCCUGGGGUGACGAUGGUACACAACCCAUCCGCUAUGAUCCCAUAGCAGCAGUCUCACAGGGCUGGGGGGAUGACGGGACCCAACCUGUUCGCUAUGACCCUGUGACUGCAUCGCAGGAGGGAUGGGAGGACGAUGGGAGCCAGGCGGCUCACUACGAUACAGUAGAAGAAGCCCAGGAGGGAUGGGGUGACGAAUUAGAGCAGCCUGUCAAAGAGGAGCCAGCUGCAGUUGAAACACCUGCUGACGAGGCUCCGUCUGAUGUGGUUGAGGAGGACAACAGUCCAGCUGCUCCCGAGCUGGAUGAAAAAGAGGGUCAGAGAGAUUCCUCAGCACCACCUCCUGAGCCUGAAGCAGAAGAAGAAGAACCAGUAGCAGAGGAGACUCCCACCACAGCAGCAGAAUCAACACAAGAUUCAUCAGAGACUGCAGACAUGCCUCCUGGCUUCCUGUUCAAGGUCCAGGUGAUGCAUGAUUAUGCUGCCAAUGACACGGAUGAACUAGAGAUGAAGGCUGGUGAUGUGGUGCUAGUGGUCACCUUCGACAAUCCAGAUGAACAGGACGACGGCUGGCUGAUGGGACUGAAGCAGGACGAUUGGCAGCAGAAAAAAGAAAAUGCCACUAAAGGAGUAUUUCCUGAAAACUUCACACAGAGGCUGUGAAAGAAGGGGCACGUUCCUUUUGUUGAUGCCUAUUUAUGUCCUUCUCCUCUCUUCCCCCUCCAUACUGUAUCCUACCAAGGACUUUGGCCAUAUAAACAGAGCUGUGAUAGCCCUGGAUGAAGUCAUGCAUUUCUAAGAUCUGCUGCACUGUGGAUCUUUUUAUUUACGUUUCGUUUCUCUUUUUUCAUGAACAGAUGUAGCCAUUUUGUGGGUCUGUUUGCCAUCACACUGCUCUGCAUUUGAGGAGUCCUGCUCAUUCAGGAUCACGUGUACUGGUAGUAACCUGUUCAGUGGCUACAACGGAAAUCAAUUUCUGAUGACUCAAUCUUUGUCGUGUCAUGUCGCAUCAACUGAAAUUUAAGAUUUGUUAUUUUUGUGGCAGAUUGAGAACCGUGUAAAAUAUGUAAGAUGUUGCCAGAUGUACUAGAAAACCCCCCAAAAAAUAUUGUUGUAAAAAGUAAGUACAUCCUCUUUCAGUUACAAGGUUUACUUGAGAAGGACAGUGCAAUACGUCACGUUUUAGUUUGUUAAUAGGCAUGAACCAGUUAUCAGUGUCAAGGUGUAUCGAGGUUUUAAAAAAAGUAGAGUUUAAAAAAAAAAAUACAACAAUGUUUAGCUUUACCACUCAUAGGUUUAAAAUUAUUUUACGAAGAUGCAGGGGAAAGUAUGAAACGCCAUGCUGACCGUCCCCCAUGUGGUACCACACACUGCCAGUCAGCUGACUGAAAGAAGGCUCUUACCCUGCUUUGGCUGUUUGUAGGUAUUUUCAGGCAGGAAAAACACUGACAGUGAAGCGGACUCUUGACAUAAACCUUUUCCGCAUCUAAGCUUGCGAGGUUAGGUCGACAUAAUUUUCCUAUGCAGUAAGAUUACAAAGCCUCUCCUGAAUUUUGAGGCUGUUUAUUUUGGACUGUUUCUUGUAUGUAAAAUCGAAUUUUCAAUAUAUAAAUGUACAGUAGCAUUAUUAUAACUAUAAUAAAUCAAUGCAUUUUAUUGAUUUAACAGCAGUACAAAUGUGCUUCUGUUCUAGUCUGAACAAAGCCAAUUAGAUCAUGUUAAAUAUUUUCAUUUGGAAUAUUUUUAGGGAAGUACAACAAAACCGUUUUAGUUACAGUUCACACUUCCUCAAUUCCCUAAGACCUAGAAAUAACCUAAUGUUUUUUGGGGGAUUAAGUUUUGAUAUAUAAAUGUGUUGAAGUGAAAGAGGGUGUACUUUCAUUUUACCUGUGAAUAUAAUAAUAAUAUAAGACCUACAUUUUGUUUUACAAAGAUAAAAAGGGGCAAAAGUGCUAUUCUGUAGCUGACCAAAUAGGCAAAAAUCUUCACUUAUUAGUCUAGUCACAAAAGAGUAAAAUAAGUACCAUUCCAGAAAAUGCAAUUUUAUUUAAUCAAAACUGAAAAAUAAAUAAUUAAAUACAUAAAUAGAAAGAAAAAACUUUUAAUAAUACUCUCGUCUGAUCAGUCAAGACGCUUAUCUCAUUGCUGGUGGAGUUAAUUUGAUCGAUUAUUAAACUCCUCACACAUUGCCUUCAGGACAUGUCCAGCAAUUCCUAUAUUCUUACUUUCAUUGUUUACUUGUGGAAAAGGGGCCCUUGGUUGUUGUUGUGUUAGUAUCGAGUCUGUGGUGGCAUAAGUACAAUCCUGUUGUAAAAAAAAAAAAAAAAA